AUGUAUCAUCUUGAAGAACUCAGUUUAUGUUUCACAGUUCAUGAGGAGAAAACAUUUCUCGAUGGAAACAAUUUGAAGAAAGAUAUUCUACGGCAUCUGUCACGAUUAAAUCGAUUUUCAUUUUCGAUUAGUUCUUUUAUAUUUGCCAGUUAUCAAACAACUCUUCCAUCACCGGAAGACAUCCAGCGUACAUUCGAUGACUUCUCAAAUCUUCAAGUUCAUUCCUGUGUGGAUUAUUUUCCAAAAGCACGACUAGGUCGAUGUCUGAUUUAUUCUUGUCCAUCUCUUCUUCGAUAUUAUGACAUUAUUACAAAUCAUUUUCCUGGUGGCUUAUUUAUCAAUGUUCGCAAAAUAUCAUUAGUUGAUGAACAUCCGUUUGAGCAUGAAUUUUUUCAUGUCAUUCAAAAGUCAUUCCCAUUUCUGCAAAGAUUAUCUGUUCAAAAUGAUCAUCCACAAAAGUGUAAACCAUUUUCGAAAUCAAUUGAUGAGAAUGAAAAUUCAUCGGUGAUUGACUAUCCUUAUCUAAAUGAAUUGUUCAUUGUGAAGGUGCAUGAUGAUUAUGUCGAGCAGUUCCUCGUUCAUUCGAAAACAUCCUUUCAAAAUAGUAUUCUUCAUAUCAAUUACGAAUCUUUACAACGAAUAACACAUAAUUUUACAAGAGAUGAUACACGAAUAAAUUGUACUCGAAUCAAUCAAUUAGUUUUAUAUGGAGAGAAAAAUCAUUCCGACUGUUUACAGGAAUAUUUCCCUUCUGCAAAAAUUUCGUAUUAUUGA